GCGUUUAAAUCUGAUCUCUGAAAUUUGCAAUCUUAAUCGUUUGAUGUCUUGGUAUAAUCGCUUUAAGGAUGCAUUAUUGAAAUUUUAUUCGAUUUUUGUACUUAUACUCGAAACGUGGCGAGGUGCGAGAAAUAUUUACGACGUAUGGCUAAACUUCUAUUGAAUGGCAAUUACUUUUAUUGCUUUUGUAAUACAACAUUUUGAGGAAUGGGUAUUUCUCAAGGGACUUUGAUUGUUAGAAAAAUAUUGACACACUGAAGUUUACAGUUUAUGGGAACGAUAACGGUUGUAUUACAAACAUUUUCUUGGGGAUAAAUCAAUUCAACGCGAGGUCAAUGGAUUAUUAAGUGUGACAAAUUUCUUGAUUGGCUAAAUUAAGCACAAAAUUGAAGUCGUAAAUGCAGAAAAGGCCAUUUCAGAUAAUGAUAUUUAAGUGAACAACACGGAUAGAAAAUCUAUAAUGGAUCAUAUGAUGUAGAAGUACCCAAAACAGACGAGACCACUGAAACACCUGCAAUGUCUGAGCCAGCUGAGCAGACGCCAAGUGGCGAAGGAAAUGACGUCACAGUUCCAGAUGGCGGCCAACCGGAAACCUUAGAAGCAGGCGACAAUGCGCCGGGACAGGAAACGGAAAACACAGAGCAGACGUCUCCUCCUACGGAACCGGAAGCACAAGCGGAAGAAACUGCAACUGAAACACAAGCACCGGAAGAGGUGAAAGCAACUGAUGUACCCGAAGCUGCUCCAACUGUCGUGGCUGAGGCGCCUGCUCCACAGGAACCAGGGUCCGCGCUGAACAAGGAGGAGUAUGAACGUCAGAUCAAGGAGAAUGAGGCGCUGCAGGCCAAACUGGCCUCCGCGCUUAGCAACCAGGAGGCCGAGAGGGAUGCUUACAGGAAGCUGACGGAGGAGAACGGCCGGCUACAGAAGCACUACGAAGACAUGAAGGAGAAGUACGACGACAUGGAGGGCAGCUACACUCUCCUCAACGCCGAGAUCGAGUCCUACAAGCACGUGAACUUCGAUCAAAAAGACAAAAUUGGGCGCCUGGAGAGCGAGGUGCAGAGGUUGAAGGAUACUCAAGGCGGCGACGAGAACAUCAAGGCGCUGCAGGAGAAGUUGAUCCGGCUUUCAGACGACCAGGAGCAGAAGGACCGCACAAUACACGAGCUCCAGGGCGAGCUGGAUGCGACCAAGGAGCGUCUAAAAGAUGCGGAGGCGAGAGCGGCGCGUAGCGAGCAAACCGUCGUCCCGAAAUCGAAAACGUGCGUUAUUAUGUAAUGAUAGUUAAUUUAUAUAUUUAUUUCAUUUAUUUGCUUAAUCAAUCGAAUGUAUGCCUAUUUUAUGAGUGUUAAUUAAAGGGACCUUUUCACAAAUGUUGGCAUGUAUUGAAGUUUGUCAUUAAAUGCUUUAUAUUGAUAAAUGUAAACAUUGGACCUAAAAAGCUCCAAUAAAAAAAAGAAGAAUAAAAUUAAAGAAAGAAAAAUAGAAGCCCUAAACUGGGCUCGAACCACUGACCCCUGGAGGAAAAGUCUACCCCUUAGACCACUCGGCCAUCCGCGCUCAUACAAUGAGUGAUGACUGAUGUAUUUUAUAUUUUAUAUAAGCAAUUCUCGUAGUGUCACAAAACAACAGAACUCUCGAAAUUAUUCAAUCGUUUCGCAUUUGACGCUUAAUAAUUUUCAGGUUUUUAAAUCGUCAAAAGAUGCAUAUAAUGGAUAUUUUAGAGCAUGGUAAAUGUUCAGUAUUUCUGUUUCCUUAUGCAUAUCAUGCAUACAACGAAAAUUUUCGUUCUGAAACAUUUUUUUAUAUAAUUUUGUUAAUUUACCAAAACGUUAAAAGGUCCCUUUAUUUGUAGAAAACGAGCAUUUUACUGUGAUCGAUGGUGUUGAAUUUGCUUACAUGGCCUUUGAAUCUCAGAUUUAAUAGGGAUUUUAUGUAAUGUUUACUGAAUAGUUAUACUAUAAUAAUAUAUCGUUCUAUGUAAUUGUGGUAUGAAGUAUACCUAUGUCAAUUGAAUCAGUUUCCGUCCAUAUGUAUGUAGAGUCCCGCUAACGAUAAUACGGUACAAGCAUGUUUUUAUGAGUAUGAGCAUGUUAAAAUAAACGGUGCAUUUACACAUGG